UAUUGAUUAAAUUACACACGAUUGAUAAAAUUAUUGAUAGAUGUCAAGUAAGCUAUUAUUUACAAAAAUGUUAUGAAUUAUCAGUUAUGGUCGUAAAAAAGUGGGCUAUUAUUCUCAUGACUCUUGACAACUAAAACGUUAAUAAAACUAGUGUUAUAUUACAUUAUAUUCCUUAUAAAAAUUUCUUCGUGAUAAACAAUAAAUAUUUUAAUAAAAAUGAAUAUAUAGUAAUUAAUAAUGAGAAAGAAAAUAAAUAAGUUAACUAGUGUUAAAGGAUGGCAAUGCGUGUUUCAAACUUUUUAAACGAAUUUAUUGAAUCAGUUUUGUACAGAGAAGAAAAGUAAGCAAGUUGAUGCGUGACAUGCACAAAUUGUAGAGUACUGGAAAAAAUAAUAAAAAAUAUCAAGAGUAGAAGAUAAUAGUGUAUGUGAAGAGAAAAAUAGUAGAAGGGUAAAAUGUGUUGCUCUGAAAAUACAAGCGGUUCUCGGAUGACCCGAUGUGGAAUUGUUUGUGGUUUGGCAGCGCUUGCUGCCCUUACCACUGCCCUUCUUGGACCUGCAUGGCUUCACACUGAAGAAAAACUAUCACUUCCGCAUUUGCCAAGACAGCUUGCGUCUGCUGUUAGUGUCAAAUUUAAACUUGGACUCUUCAAAGUAUGUCCAAGAAUUAUCAAACCAGCUAAUAUUACAUUACACAUAAUAACCCCGCCAUGUACUAACGUGAGAUACAACAGCCUGGCUGACGUAACAUCACAGGAGCUUGGGUUCAAUCAACUAGAUUUCACCCCCUUGGUCGUAUCAAAAAUGAGAAUAUCAGCGCCUUUUCAAGCAGUAGCCGUGGUGUUAAUUUUCGCAGGAACUUUUUCAGCGUUGAUCGGUCACUGUUAUGCCGAUCACAAGACCGUGAUCGCUUGCGGGCUAUUUCUUCUUGGGGGUCUUUCUUUGGGUGGCGGUUUAAUAGUUUUGGCAUCAGCACUUUCAGAUGCUUCCUUUGAAUCCCCUACUACAUACAGUCUUUCAUCUACAUCAGGUUCAACGGAAGAUAAUGGACUUCCAAAGUAUCAAUAUGGCUGGUGUUUACAACUUUCAGGACUUGCUUUGAUACUAGCUGAAAUUGCAGCACUAUUGACUGUCUCUGGAUACAUGGCACGAUUUCCUACCGUAGAAGAAAUGGUCCAAGUUAUGGUCCCUGGAGCGGCAAGGAAGUUAAGAGAACAACGUGGAUUAUCUUCAGAAUACCUCGUAAGAGCUCAUCAAAAAUCUCCUGGAGCAACGCAAGCACGGAAUUUCGAUCCUCCAACAAAAGAUGUUAUUUUAGGACCCCAACGAUUAACAGAAGAAGGUACAUCACUUCUUUGUAAAUCAGCGCCUGAUAUUUGUGCAUCUAACCCUCAAGCAAUAAGUUACGUCGAUAAAGCAGACUUAUCACACAUGUUACCAGCUUACCCGGACAGUCAGACUCUAGUGGAUCCACGUUUUACUUUUGUCGAUAAAGCAGAUCCCGGAAUUGUAGACUCACGGCUCAGUGGGUUCGCCGAUAAAGAAGGACUCAUGGAUUCACGUAUUUUACCAGACUCAAGGCAGAAUAUGAUCGCUUUUAACGACAGUAAAGAACAUGUUAUCAGUCAAGAAACUAGACAUGUAACUUACGCAGAAAAUACUAAGAAUGAGUGUCUACUGGAUGCACCACUGGGGUUUAAUCGUUACAACAGUCUGGCAGGUCAGACAGUACCAAUAACUCUGAAACAUCAAAAUAGCCCAACAGUAUCGGCAAUACAGGCUCAAGCGAUGUAUCAAAACUUUGGUACCAUUCAUUCAGGAAUUUUGAGGGUAUCUGAACCCGGUACAAGCUCCAGUUCAAACUCCAGUCAAAGAAGUAUGACUCUACAGAAUCCGAAGAGAAAGUCACAGAUCGCCCAGAAUACCUUCAGUACCCUCGAGUGUGAAAAGAGAAAACAACGUGCCACUGGUGUUGGAGGCAAAGCAGGGUUCUAUACCGGGAGUGCCGUAUGACCACCACCACCGCCACCUACCCCAAGAUAACUUCGAGAAGAGGAUGAAUCUACACUAUAAACUACCUUACGAGUCUUACCGACUGUACCUAGUGUGUUAUCCUCUGACGUUUGUUUACCUUAUCGCUGCGGGUAGAUGGCUGGUAAUAAUGAAAACCGUUAUCAUUUAUACAUUACGAUAAAUCAUUUAAGGACAAUUUCAAAAUGAUUAACGAUAUAAUUUAAAUAUCUUAUAGCCUAGUGUAUGAUAAUUUAUGAAAACAAACUCAAGUGAUUGUUAAAAAUAAAUAAAUGAAAUGUAAAUAUUACUAAAACAUUAAAUGUUUCUAUAAAAGUGGAUAAAAAAAUAAAACGAUAAUUUAAAUAAUGAAUUUUAAAAUAAAAUUUAAUAAUACAAUAAUCUCGUUUUUUUAUAUUAUAAUAACAUACGUGUUC